AUGCAUGCUCUACAGAAAUUCAUCAAAUUUAUUGAAGUCAAGGACGGCAGACAAGACGACAAUGAAGGUCAACAAGGCCUGAAAAGCCUCAAUGCCGAUACUCGGCCUCUGGAACCUGCCCGACGAACUUUUGGCCCUUGGGAGUUUGUGACCUUGUGGGUCAUCACAGGCUCUUUUAACAUUGGAGGCUGGACAAUGGGCUCAUCACUGAUCGCCUAUGGAUUGAAUGUCUGGCAGGCUAUGCUGACAGUCAUCAUUGGCAAUAUCAUCGUCGGUUUCUUGUGUGUCAUGACGGGUGCCCCAGGGGGAAAAUGGCACAUUGGCUUCCCUAUCAUCCAGCGAGCUUCCUGGGGAGUCAACGGGUUUGUCUUUGUUGUCAUUCAACGGGUGUUCUUGGCCUGCAUUUGGUUCUCGACGCAGGUUUUCUGGGGCGGACAAUGUGUCAAGAUCGUCUUGACUGCUAUAUGGCCUUCUUUCGCCCGAGUGGACAAACCCCUGGCUAAUGGCACAAUGACAACCGGGGAUCUCACUUCAUUCAUCAUCUUCACCGUAUUGUACUACCCAUUUAUCUGGAUCAAGCCGGAGAAAUACAAACUUCCUUUCCUUAUUUCAUGUGUGACGGUUAUACCGACUAUUAUCGUGACCUGGAUCUGGUUCAUGGCCAAGGCCCAAGGAGCCGGCACACUGGUGACCGAUGUCAGCUCUGUGUCUGGCGUAACUCAAGCCACUGGGAGUCAUUUGGGAUGGAUGAUGGUACUAGGCAUAUUCACCAAUAUCAAUUCCAUGAGUGUGCAUGUCUACGUCCAAUCAGACUAUACGCGAUAUGCUCGCAAGCCGAAGGAUCAAAUACUUGCGCAGCUUGUCAUGGUACCCAUGGGCACCAUAGUCGUCGCCCUGAUUGGAAUCAUAUGUACAUCCUGCGCAGCUCAAAUCUUCCCCGAACAGGAGGGGUCACUUCUCUGGGCACCAUACGAUCUCUACGCGGCCCUUCAAGCCCAUUACGGAAACUCAUCUCAUUCUCGUGCAGCAGUCGCUUUUGGCGGACUGUCAUUCAUGAUUGCUCAAUUCGGCAUGGUGGUUGCCAACAACGGCGUUGCAGCUGGUCUCGAUUUAUCAGGGCUAUUUCCACGCUACUUCACAAUUAAGCGCGGCAUGAUACUGAUGUCCAUACUCUCAUUUAUCGUGCAGCCAUGGACACUGCUUAAUGGCGCUACCAAGUUCCUCACCGUUCUCGGCGGUUACGGCGUCUUCAUCGGCCCUAUGACCGGCGUGAUGUUCAGCGACUACUUCCUCGUCCGCAGACAGAUUCUCAAACUCAGCGAUUUGUACAACUAUAACCCUAAUGGCAACGGUAUCUAUUGGUACUACAAGGGAUAUAACUGGCGCGCACUUCUUGCCUGGAUGAUGGGUGUCUGGAUCACAUUACCAGGUUUCGUGCGAAUGGUGCAAGAUGGUUCGGCAAAUCCGUGGGCUGGAUGGUCGAAUUUAUAUGAUUUGUCGUAUUUGUUGGGUUGUUUGUUGAGUUGUGGGACGUAUUAUGUGGCUCAUAGAAUCUCGCCGAUCCAGGGGCUAGGGGUUCAAGAUGAUGAGGACUAUUUCGGGACUUUUAGGCGGGCGAGUGUGAUUGAUGGGGUUGAUUAUGUGACGGGGAGCAGUUUGCUGGAGAUAGACGAGAAGGCUAAGUCUGCUGUUUAA